AUGAUCCGUUCAUAUUGAAAGUGGGUAGGAGCUCUUGCUGCUGGAUCAGGAUUAAGAUUUUUAAUUUAUGGCACAGAACCAAAAACCACCCGAGAAUAUACCCUUCCAACGUUAAGUACCAGACAAGAAAAUAUCAAAGCCUUGAAAUACAAAGAAUAUGAUAUAUUAGUUAUAGGAGGAGGUGCCACAGGUGCAGGAAUUGCUUUAGAAGCUGCCUCACGAGGUCUAUCUUGUGGUCUCAUUGAAAGGGGUGAUUUUGCUUCCCAGACAUCCAGCAAGUCUACCAAACUUUUGCACGGUGGAGUCAGAUAUCUUGAAAAAGCAGUAAAAGGGGAAAAUAUCUACGAAAACCUUUUAUUAGUAUCAGAAGCGUUAAAAGAAAGGGACAUCUUGAUCAACUCAGCUCCACACAUGAAUAAGUGGCUUGCUAUCUCAGUACCUACAGAUAGCUAUUUUUGGCUACUUUAUUACUGGGUUGGCUUAUGGGUAUAUCAUUUCAUAGCAUAUAUUCAAAAUUGUUAUACAGGGAAUGCAAGUACUGAGCUACCAAGGCCAGGAAUUUCUUUUGAGUCACAAACAUUAAUACCAAGGCUGAAGUCAAAAUUUAAAGGGAGUACAAUUUAUUAUGAUGGACAAAUGAACGACACGAGACUCUGUUUAGAAGUAUUGCUAACAGCAAGCAGCAAGGGCUAUAUAAAAGGAAUGGUCCAAGCUAAUAUAGCAAAUUAUUGUAAGGCUGUAUCUUUUAUUAAAAAACAAGGACUGAUAGUUGGGGUAAGAGCAGAAGAUUUAAUAACUGGGGAGCAGUUUGAUAUUAAGGCAAAAGUAGUUAUGAACUGCACAGGCGUUUUUUCAGACUCCAUACGGAAAAGUGCUGGUCAAAGAGACUCCGAUAGGAUUGUCCCAGCUAAGGGCUCUCAUUUUCUACUGCCAUCCUCUUAUACUCCUAAUGGCUAUGGUCUUUUGAUCCCUAAAACUACAGAUGGAAGAGUUUUGUUUUUACUUCCAUGGGAAGGCUAUACAAUUGCAGGCACAACGGACGAAAAAGGCACAGCAACAGUCCAUUCGUUUAUGCUUUCUCACGAAAAGCAGUUCCUAGCUCAAGAGUUAUCAAGAUUUCUCAAUAAAACUCCUGAAGAAAUCAGUAACGAUAUAAAAGGAAGCUUUAGUGGAGAGCGACCACUAGUAAAAUCAAAAGACGAAAAAACUUCUUCAAUACUCAGGACUCAUUCUGUUGAAGUCUCUUUAAAUGGGCUUAUCUCAGUUAUGGGUGGGAAAUGGACGACCUUCAGAGCCAUGGCUGAAAAUGCAGUUGACGUCGCUGUAGAAAGAUUUGGUUUGCCAGCUAAAUAUAUAUCACGGACCAGAGAUAUGAAAUUAAUAGGAAGUCAAAUAAAUAUUGAAGAACUUCAAAGUAAACUUAUAAAAGAAUACAAAAUUAGUGAAGAGCAGGCUAAAUAUCUUGUCAAAGAGUACGGAAGAAGAAGUGAAGAUGUACUUAAGGUUGGCAGAAAUGAGCAGCUAAUAGAAGGGCAUCCAUUUACAAUUGGAGAAAUCGUAUAUAGCACUAGGUCUGAAUAUGCUGAAAAACCAAUUGAUAUAAUUGCGAGAAGGAUGAGACUUGCGCUGCUUGAUGUAAAAUCGGCCAUAAAAGCUUUAGAUAUUGUGAUUAAUGAAAUGGGAAAUGAGCUCAAAUGGAGCAAGUCUUAGGAAUCUUAGGUUAUUAAGUAUUUAAGGUGUCUAGUGCACCCUCCCUAUAUCGGGACUUGACCCAACUAGUGACGUCACGGGCCAUCCUGUCACUUAAAAUGGCGCACCAUAUGGGCAGGCAUUUCCGACUUUGCCACCACCAGCCAAGGCCGCACUUCUCACCCGGCGCGAUGCCGUCGCCCUUGUCAGACUUAGCUCCUGCGCGUGUUCCGCCUGAGGGUCACCCUCCUCGGGUGUGCUAAGUGGAAAAAAUCUUCGUCGCUUGAGUGCACUGAGGAGCAGCAGUUCCUCUGGUUAUCCCCAAAGUUAAACUGCUAUUGCUGUGCAGAAGUUCUCGAGAUUAAAACCAAACCCCAUAAAUAAAAUUCCAUGAGGGAGAGAAAAUUAGCAAAGCUAAUUUCUCUCGAAACCGAAUGCCAUUUUAUUUAUCCAAAUGGAGCAAGUCAAAAAGAGAGCAAGAAUAUAAAACAGCUGUUAUGGAACUCACACAGUUUUUUAGCUAA